UAAUGGUGAAUAAAUGUUUACUUUAAAGACAGCUAAUCAAGUUGCCGAUACAAUAUUACAACCAUCAUCCAUUCAACCAUCAAAUGUUUUGCAAUUAUUACAGUGGGGUCGAUCAGAUCCACCACCAAAACAACAGUCCACAACUGAGCAGCUUAUUAACUGGUUUGAUGCAAAUAUUAUGGAAAAUGACACCGUCGCACAAAAUAAUUCUACAGAUCAAAUUAAUGUAAAUGAUGAUGAUGAAGAACAACAUACAUCAAAAAUUAGAACAGAUAAUAAGCAACUAAAAGAAUUUGAUCAUAAUCCUGUUGCAACUCGAAACCAACAAAUAGGAAAUGAUCAAUUGAAUAAUAUUGAUCAAUUAAAUAAUCGUCAAUUAGCGGAUAUUACAAACAGUCAGACCAUAAUUUUGAAUCGACUAGCAACAAGUGUUAGUGUAGAGGGACAAACAUUUGAAAAAGAAUUAAUAGGAAAUGGACAAACAUCAGAAAAAGAUGGAAGUAAUACACUGCAAAAUAUUACUAAGGAUAAAAAUACGAAAUACGAAAAAAAAGGUAAAACAUAUACAGGAUUAUGA